GAGUAGAAGACAUUACCGUUUACUUUGUCCUUCAUGUAGGCCUACUGUAACAUGAUACAGAGAAGUACUUUAGAUCAAUACUGUUUGUACUCUUGAUUUAUUUCUAGUCUAGCUCUUCUCAAAAUGAGGAUUUUCUACUCAAGGAAUCUUUCCUGCUUUAUUUAUAUCAUCGGCUUUAUGGCGUUGUCAAGCUUGGCGCUUAGUUUACUUGAGGGCGUCAUCUCCAUCCGUUCGCCAUUUCUUUAUGAUGCCCCUCUAGGAAAUGAAGUGUACAACAGUCCAGCCAGUCCUUUCAUAAAUGCAAGCGUCCACGUCGCCAGUCCUGAUGGUCCCAGAGUUGCCUCAAGCCUUAGGCAUGACCAAGGAACCAAUCACACCUGCAAGUCAAAUCAAUACGUCGAGUGCCAGGGCGUCUACACGCCAUGGUUGGCCCCCAACGGGACUUUCGGCAUAAGCAUUCUGAAUAGACCAUCGGUGAUGAAGUUCCCUCAAGUGUUUGACAGAAAGGAAGCCUUAAGUGUAUUCGAUCUUACCGAGUGUCUGUACAGUAACUGUUACUUUCAAGAUACAGAUGUAUCUGUUCAUACAAGCCUCGUGAUUAUUUUUCUCACUAAUUUAAAUGAUAAUUUUAAGUUAGAAAAAAGGUGGCCGCAUCAAUUAUACGCUGCUUAUACCUAUGAAACUCCAUAUUAUUUAUAUCCACAGCUCAUGCAAGAUCCAAAUUCGUAUUGGAAUUCAAUGUUUAACCUCACAAUUUCCUAUCGCACUGAUUCGGAUAUAUUUGAGGCCUAUGGUGUUCUUAGGUUUAAGCCUAAACCCAUUGAGGCUCGCCCUAACUACUAUGAUAUAGCUAAGACUAAGACCAAAUCAGUCUUGUGGUUUGUUUCAAAUUGUGAUCCUCCUUCCAAACGGGACAUCUACGUGAAACAAAUGCAGAAAAUCAUAGAUGUAGACAUUUUUGGAAGCUGUGGAAAACCUUGUCCCACAAAUGACCGCAUGUGCUCACCAGACAUCGCUGCUCACUACAAAUUUUAUCUGGCCUUUGAAAACGCAUUCUGUAAAGAUUACGUCACUGAGAAGUUCUUUAAAUUAUACGCUAAAGAGAGGUUCAUCGUUCCCGUUGUGAGAGGCGGCUUUGACUACGACAAAUAUUUACCCACAGAUACUUUCAUCAACGCGGCCCACUUUAAGAACGCCACUGAUUUAGCGCAUCAUUUAAAGGAGUUGGGUGACGACCCGCUUGCUUACAGCAAAUAUUUAGAGCGUAAAGACCUCUACGAGCUCAGGAAAGGCUACAACAUGGGAUGCCAGGCUUGUAUUUUUUUGAACACAAAGAAAUAUGAAAGACAAAUACCAGACUUGAAACACUGGAUUGAGCACGGCGCGUGCCAUCCCCCAAGGGAUUUGUAGAAUAUUGGAACGGGUUGCCUGAGGUAGCAAGGAAAACCAGUGACUUGGCAGAAUUUAGUUGUAAAAAAGCUCCCACAACCUUGUCACAAUCCAAGCGCUGUUCCUCAAGGGGCCGUUACAUAAAUGGCGUGUCCCGCACGGUUAGCUUGGUAUAGAAAAGGAAAAUGGCGAGGGCCUUAGUGUACGCGGCCUCUUGCCACAAGUCUGACCCACCCGCCAGACAGGACAGUGUACAUUGUUCUCAUUCAGGCCGAUGAGAGGGAGCUCUUGCUCACUUUUGCUGGCCUAGAGUUCCAAGAGCCGAAGUCUCAACUCUACCUGACAGUUUCAAGAAGAAUUUAAGUCAUUGGUUAACAUGCAUGACUAGAUGCAUGACGCGUAGGGCGUAAUCAUCUUUUUUUUUUUGAAGUAACGUCUGUAUUAUAUAAUAUAAGAUAUACAAAGAGAGUUUACAUUAUGUUGUUAACCCAAGUAUUUUUGUUUAUAUUGUUCUACUUUUUUUAUCUAGUCCCUUUUUCGCCGUUGAUCUGUAAGCUUUUGUAUAGGGAAAAUAAAAACAGAGAAUCGUGUUAUAUUAUAUAGUAUAAUCGUGUUAUAUUAUAUAGUAUAAUCGUGUUAUAUUAUAUAGUAUAAUCGUGUUAUAUUAUAUAGUAUAAUCGUGUUAUAUUAUAUAGUAUAUGCCUGUAAACUUCUUUUGCCUUUUUCAUGACAUAAUUAAAACCCUCUAGGGCCCCA